CCAAUUUCUCCUUACCCUUACCCGUAUCAAUAUCAAUCACCCGGAUACACUCCACAACCCUUUCCUUACCCAUACCCCGGAUACGGACUUCCAUUUCCUACACCACCUAUGGAAACUCAACCAAAUCGUUUUCAAGAUAGCGCGGAAAGCAGUAUUAGUGGGACUACUAAUGUAACUAACUAUCCUUUGGAUGUGGAUGACGGUGAUGAUGACAUUUCGGGCAACUUUACCCCAAAUAACACUUCUAGUGACCAUCCUAUAAACCAAAAACUUGCACAUAAUCUUUUUAUUGGGCAUCAUCAUAGUGCUUCUUAUCCGAGUGCUUUUAUGCCGUUUCCUUGCCAAACACAACUUCUUGCCAUACAACAACACGCUUCUUUAGAUUUAGCAAAUAGUCAAAAUUACCAAAUUGUACCUUUUGGGACUCCUAAAAAGGCUUUGAAAGUAUUGCUCUUACACGGGAAUCUUGAUAUAUGGGUUUAUGAGGCGAAGAACCUUCCAAACAUGGAUGUGUUUCAUAAAACAAUGGGGGAUGUUUUUAGCAGAUUCCCCGGAAAGCAAACUAGUGACCCGUAUGUAUCCAUUGCUAUCACAAGCGCAGUGAUUGGAAGAACUUACGUGCUUCCCAACAGUGUCAACCCCGUUUGGAAUCAACACUUUAAUGUGCCUGUUGCACAUCAUACCGCAGAAAUACAUUUUCUUGUUAAAGAUAGGGACAUUGUGGGGUCUCAGCUUAUAGGAGCUGUGGCAAUCCCGGUUGAACAUAUAUAUACAGGAUCCAAAAUCGAAGGAUUCUUUCCCUUAAUUAAUGGAAAUGGAAGGCCAUGUAAAAAUGGAGCUGGUUUAGCACUCUCAAUGCAAUACAUUCCAAUGGCAAGGUUAAAUUUUUAUAACAAUGGAGUAGGAGCAGGCCCACUGUAUGGCGGGGUUCCAGGAACUUAUUUUCCUUUAAGGAAAGGUGGGAGGGUUACUCUUUAUCAAGAUGCACAUGUGCCUCAUGAAAGCCUUCCGGAUUUUAAGUUAAGUGAAGACGUGGAUUAUGUUCAUGGGACUUGCUGGAUUGAUAUAUUCAAUGCAAUUAGUAAUGCAAAAUAUCUUGUUUACAUCACUGGAUGGUCGGUUUGGCAUAAAGUGAGAUUGGUCCGUGACCAGCCGGAUUCACCAAUGCACUCAUUAGGAGAUCUUCUGAAACGCAAAGCACAAGAAGGUGUUAGAGUUUUGCUUCUUGUUUGGGAUGAUCCUACUUCAAGAAGCAUUAUGGGCUACAAAACAGAUGGAUUAAUGGCCACCCAUGAUGAAGAGACUCGGCGUUUUUUUAAACACUCUGCAGUGCAAGUUCUGCUUUGUCCUCGUAUGGCUGGAAAAAAACAUAGUUGGGUCAAGAAGAAGGAAGUUGGAACAAUCUACACGCACCAUCAGAAAACUGUUAUUAUAGAUGCGGACGCUGGAAAUGGUAAAAGGAAAAUUGUAUCUUUUGUAGGGGGACUUGACCUUUGCAAUGGGAGAUAUGAUAAUCCACAACAUCCCAUAUUUAGGACUUUACAGACCUUUCAUGCAGAGGAUUAUCAUAAUCCAACCUUCACGGGGAGUGUUACUGGUUGUCCAAGAGAACCAUGGCAUGAUUUGCAUAGCAGAAUUGAUGGGCCAGCAGCUUAUGAUGUUAUGACCAACUUUGAGGAGCGAUGGCUAAAGGCUUCAAAACCUAGGGGCAUAAAAAAACUAAAGGCUUCAAAUGAUGCUUUACUGAAAUUAGAAAAGUUUCCGGAACUUUUGAGGGCAGAUGAUGAACCUUGUGUUAGUGAUGACGACCCUGAGGAGUGGCAUGUACAGAUAUUUCGUUCAAUUGAUUCAAACUCUGUUAAAGGAUUUCCAAAGGAACCACAAGAAGCUACAUCCAAGAAUCUGGUGUGUGGGAAGAACGUGCUCAUUGAUAUGAGCAUACAUUCAGCAUAUGUAAAGGCUAUCCGCUCUGCACAACAUUUCAUCUAUAUUGAAAAUCAGUACUUCAUUGGAUCGUCAUACAAUUGGAAGUCUUACAGAGAUUUGGGUGCCAACAACUUAAUUCCAAUGGAAAUUGCACUUAAGGUUGCUAGUAAAAUUAGAGCACAUGAAAGGUUUGCUGUGUAUAUCAUCAUCCCCAUGUGGCCAGAGGGUGUCCCCACGGGUUCUGCAACUCAACGGAUUUUGUUUUGGCAGAACAAGACAAUGCAAAUGAUGUAUCAAACCAUCUACAAUGCUUUGGUGGAGGUUGGUCUUGAGGAGGCAUUUUCACCACAAGAUUACUUAAAUUUCUUUUGUUUGGGGAACCGUGAGGCCAUCGACCCUAAUGAUGGUUCACCUAACCAUGGUCCUGAUGGAAGUACUCCUCAGGGGUUUGCUCGUAAGAAUCGGCGAUUCAUGAUCUAUGUUCACUCAAAAGGCAUGAUAGUGGACGACGAGUAUGUACUUAUAGGCUCUGCAAAUAUAAAUCAACGUUCUAUGGAGGGAACUCGAGACACGGAAAUUGCAAUGGGAGCCUACCAACCUCAUCAUACUUGGGCCAAAAAUAUUACAGACCCACGAGGACAGAUAUAUGGAUAUAGAAUGUCUCUUUGGGCCGAGCAUCUUGGCACUGUCUGCGACUCCUUUACAAAGCCCGAGUCAAUAGAAUGUGUAAGACAAGUUAGAUCCAUGGCUGAAGCUAACUGGAACCAAUUUGCAUCCGAUGAAAUUACCGACAUGAAUGGUCAUCUUUUGAAGUAUCCCGUUGAGGUUGUUAGAACUGGUAAGGUAAGAUCUCUGCCUGGAUUCGAAAACUUUCCGGAUGUAGGAGGUCAGAUAACCGGGUCAUUUCUUGGCAUUCAAGAGAAUUUGACUAUUUGAUUCAUGAGUUUUGGUUCUGUAAAGAUUAGUUUUCUUGAAUCCCAGUUUUGAUCAAGGGUAUAUGUUGUUAAUGAAGCAACUUUAGUGUAUAGAUUAUUUUGUUGCAGUAUAGUUAUGCAAAAAAUUGACUGUUAAUUUGUAUAAUGAUGAAUUGUACUGCGGUUUCCUCUCUUCAGGUUACUUCAAUAUAUACAAAAACUUUCGGUUUUACUCAAA